CGCUUCGGGAUAUCAGGAAGCAGGUUCAUCAUAUCAGCGUGGACGAAGGGGAAAUUUGUCCGUAGACCCUGUUGGCCCCCCACAUAAGAUUGUCACUUUUGGGUGCUACAUGAUUGGGUUGUGGCUAGAUUCUACUCAAGCAAUAGUGCUAAAAGCGGACUUUGAGGGCAAUUAUGCUCCUUCUGGCACAUUGUAUUUUGAUAGUCACAAUUUUUUAAUCCGUCUUCUUUAUUUAGACGGAUUAAAAGUCGUGGGAUAUAUAAAUCAAGAUGGAACACUUUUGGGAGUCCGAGCACCGAAACCAAACGCUGGAUCGAGGAUUGUAGAACCUAAUGAAUCAACCUGGUAUAUCUCUUAUUCGGCGAAAAAAUUUAAGAUUAAAAUAAAUCCUGCUACAGAAAAUGUGUUAGGAAUCACCCUUAUGCCUAGAAAUGUACACGAAGCUGAACAUACACCCGAAAAGGUUUUAAUAGGUGGAAUACGAUUUUUUGUGUUCAGAGGGCCCUCUGGGGACAUUUUGGGAGCUGCGCUUCACCAGUAAUAUCCUUAAUUAUGAAUUUCACGAAGAUUAUUCUACAAAAACAUAAGAAACAAUUGAUGAAUGUUAGUUAAUAUUUCUAUCACACAUAUUCUUCGCUAAUGACAUGAAGGGGUCCAGUCUAUUCUGAUAAUUUUAAAACAGAAAACUAAUUAUUAAAUUUAACCUUUACAAUACUGAAGAUGGGCGACAACUAAAAUAUUUCCACCCAUAACUUAAGGAAGAAGUUUUAAUCCAGAAAAUAAAAUACUUUUCUGGGCUUCUCUUUCUUGUUCUUAAUCGAAAUGAUCCUCAUUAGUUUUUGGAAUUUGUAUAAUUAACGUGAGUGCAUGAAAAAUUUAGAAAAAAUAAAAAUGUGAUUGUGUGUGAUGUUUGUAAGGACUCUGCAU